CAUCUAAUGGUGGACGUUCCAAAGCAAAUGUGACAUUGGACUUAAUGUAAAUGCGAGUCAUAGAAAGCUUUGCACCGGAUGCAAGCGUGCGUGACAGUUAUAAAUUAAAAACUAAGUGAAGAAAAGUAUUCUAUGCAAGCUUAAACAAGUUGUUAGAUAAUUGAAGCAGACGACAACAUAUAUAAAAUAGACGAGGAACCGUGGCUCGUCAUGUUUUUUGAGCGUAUUUUGGAGCGAAAAGACAUUUCGUAUAAUACAACUCAUCCAGGUAAUGGGAAUAGCGACGCCAACGAGACUGACACUUCUCACUUAAGUGAAACGAACAAUGUCAUUGGCGAGGACAAAGACAACAAUAACAACAACAGCACUAACAUUAACGACAACAACAGCAAUCAGUCAAAUAACAGUGCAGAUCCAAACACAAUGCAACGACGCUAUGAGCAAACCGCGGGAGCUGCUGUGCAGCUAACCUCGUUGUGGGAGCAUGUUUUACGUACGCGUCGAUUGCCGGAAACAAUUUGCCCAGCCGCAAUGUUUACCGAAUUCCAUGAAAGGUUGCAGGAUCCCGAGUGGCAGGCACCGACUGUGCGAAAGGGUGCACUUGACUGCCUGCGAGUCUACCUGUCAGAGACUAGUGCUCCGGAGAUGGUCAUGCUCCAGAUAUUGGACACUGGGUUAAGCCAGCAUUCCAUCUACGACGAACGGCUCGGCUGUGGAGUGCUGCUCUCCCUGCCGCCAUUAUUGCAAUCGAUUUUGCUCACGCCACAACGUCAUUUUAUAGUGAAGCACGUUAUGGAGCGCCUGGUAGACCGCUUGCAACGUCAACAGACACAACAGGAGAUUAUUUUGAAGGUGCUGGCCAAAAUAAGGGAGCUAUUGGGUGUGCAAGAGUUUGAACAUUACUUAGACGAAGUGCAAAGUGUAGAUGGUCUGUCCCUCUUUAAUCAACUGUGCAACGUGUAUGGAAUAUUGAAUAAGCCCCAUCGAGCUGAAGGUGCAAAUGCAGGCGCUUGGAGAGCUCUACCUCGGGAGCACACAUGGCGAGCGCCGAGUACUUCGCAGGAACAGCAAGAGGUACCACAUCCAGAGAAAGGAAAAGUGAUUAUGGAAACGGAAAUUAAAAUCAACGAUGACACACUUACCAUGCGAAUUCUAGAGGCAGAAACUGAGACCGAAGAGAUAGAUAGCCCCAUUUUAGAAUCAGCGGAACUUGUGUGCCGUCCACUCCCCGCACAGCCGCCACGAGAAAUGGAUGCAGGGAUACUACAGAUAAUUAGCGACUCAGAACUGGAGGAAGUGAACGAAGCUAAUAUUGGUACUCCCUUUCGUGGCUUGAAACGUGUAACAUUUGGUGGAGAGGUUGUUAAAAUGCGCACACCCGAUAGUGAUGCAGCUUCCUCUACGCACAAUAUCGAGAACCCUGUUCGAGACAUGGACGGACCCCAGACCAAUACGCCACAGACUUCUUCUGUGUUAGAGGAACAACAGCAACCAGACAAAGACAAGAAUGAAGCUUUCAAAAUGACAGCUUUGACAUUGGAGAUUCCCAGCGAUAAUACCAAGCCCCUGCCCCGACCCAGAAGUGCACAAUCGCCACAGCGAAACAACACUUUUCUAAAGGACCAAGAACAGGCCACACAAAAAACAAAUGCAACUACGACACAUGCCUCCCCUAAUCGAGACGUCUCUCCUGCUUAUCGUAGUCGUAGCAUCAGUCCGGCCGGUAGCAUAACAACCAGUCCCAAAGUACCACACAAAGAGAUCGAGGUACUACACAAUCUUCAGCGGGAUACUGAUCCCUCGCCUCGAUCCAUGAGACGAAGCGAAAGCGUCACCACCGAAUUAAUUACUCCACCUGGAAUCACGACCGGUGUGCAAGCAGACCCACCAGCUACGCCAACUAGCUGGGAGGAUUUGGACAUUGUCAACUAUAAAACUAUCAUGGACUUGCGUUCAGGAGAUUGGCGCAACCGUUUACAGGGUGUAGCCCAGCUUGAAAUAGCUCUCAGCACAUCCAGCAACUUAGUAAAAGUGCAGCCCCAUCUAGAUAGCCUGCUGCGCACCUUACUGUCCUCGGAGCGCCACUUUGAGGUAGCUGCGCUGAAGCGCGAGGUUCUAGUUAAUCUCAUUUCACGCCUACCACUGGACAACUUGGAGGAGCGGACGCCACAAAUAUUGUCCGGUCUCUGUCGCCAAGGCAACGCUGGAGCAAAUCGUGUGUGCAAAGCCCUCAUGCAGCGCCUGCCAGCAGGCACUAUAGUUGCUAAAUUGACUGCGCCCGAGUAUCUUCAUGCUAAGAGUUCAAAGUUUCGGGAUCACGCGCUGCAAAUGUCCAUCUACUCGCUGAUGUCCUUUCCCGGCACAUGUUUCGACAUAAACAUCCUCGCAGCUCAAGUGACCUAUGCUGCACUUAAUCGCAAGCGUCGCGUACGGCAAGCCGCCUUGGAGGUAUUUGCUGUACUUGCUGAUAUAUCUUCGGUGGAUGAGGUGAUGCAAAUUGUUGCCGAUACAGUGGAUAGCAUAGAGUCAGGACCUGCGCUGCUGGCAGCUGUGAAAACGCGUUUGUCCCGCCUCCAGCUGCCCAUAAUUACAACUGAUGGAUCUGUCCUAUACACAUUCCAUAAGGCAGAUCAAGCUGGGCGAAUGCGCUUUGGUGCAGAUGUGGACUGGAUCACGCAAGGCGAAGGCUCUGCGUCACCAAAUGCCGUUAAGAGACGUCGCCAGCAAUUGGCCAAUAAAAAGCGUUUGCAGGAAAGCAAAGAUGCAGAGGACAUGACGAAUCAAAGCUCUCCAAUAGACGAGAACUUGCACCGACAUUCAUUCCACUCCCCGCCCGAAGCGCUAGACAUGUCUCGAGCCUCUAAUGACUUUUUCAAAAAAAAAAUGUAUUAUACUAAUUCUAACUAUAUGGAGCGUCGCCUAGGAGCCAAGGCAUACUCUGAAUCAUCAAUGGAUGGCAGGAGCACUGACAGUACGACAACGUCCUGCAGUAGUGGCAGUGGCAGUGGAAGUUUCAUACAGUUGACUCCUUGUAAUUUGGCCAUUAAUAGGCGUUUGGUUCGGCAAAAUUCAAGAUUUCCAAUUAUGAAGCGACAAACGAAUUUUAUUACCAAUUUUAUGCACAAUAUAGAACGAAAGCCAUGUACAUACAGUUUUGAAGAUACAAAAGAUCAUCCGAUUGUGAAUCAUGGUGUGCAAAAAAGUCUGAAGCAGCAAGUCCAAAAGGAGCCAGCCGGACAAAAAAUAUACGUGGAACAGAAUUGGCUAGAGAGAAGCAGUCAAUCUCAAGCAAAAGCAAUAGCAAAAUUAAAGGAUCAGCAACUGGAAACAGCGGUGAACAGAGAUGUUCCAAAUGGUUCUAAAUUCAAAGUAAAGGCCGAAAUACCUAGUCAAGUUACAACAGCCAUCGGGCCACAGGCAAGCAAUCAUAACGGAGAAGGCUCUCCCCUAUCGAUCAAAUCAACAAGCUAUUCUCAAAAGUCAACCGCCUCGGCUAAAUCAUACGAUGUGGGCAAGCAGACCACGUCUCUCUCUGUUGAAAUGGACGCAACAAAUUUAGAAACACCAUUCGGCGAGCUAGUAGUCGACGACAUUGAGGAAGAAACAGAGUCACCCUGCCAGGAGCCCGCUUUGAAACGGAAUGAAAGCGUUAGCAGCCUGCAAAGCAAAACGGAAAGCAUUAAGACUCAACUCGAGGAUGCAACGCCACAAAUGUCGCGUGCUCAAUCCACGAAAUCGCUGGCUAUUGAAGAGGAGAUUGAGAGCGCCAAUAGCUUUGUCGUUGUUGAGGAUAUGCAGAAUGAGCUUGAAUCAACAGAAGUAGAGGCGGUGGCCCUUCACAAAUUACCAGAGCUACCACCGAGCAAUGAAGCACAGCUCCCAUCGGCCUCUCGAAUCUCAUCUAGCAAAAAGUCUGAAAUCGUAGAAGACGAUAGGGCCAUACACUCACGCAGUAUCUCACUCGACUCGCUCUAUGGGCGGCGGCCCAACUCAAAGCAAGAUUCUCUGGACACUAGUACCAGCACAACUGAUAAUAGCUCUCAAAUCGGCUCUCACUUUGAUCAGACCAAUCGGUUGCCUGCGAAGACACAACACACACCGCUGAAACAAAAGUCGAAAACAUCAUAUCUAUUGCGUGGCCAGCGACGCGUCUCCCCCGUUAAACAGGCCAUUAAGAUGUCGCAGACGGAGCUGUUUCCGCCCACUAUGUCAAGCUUUGAGAAACCACGGGACGCUUUACUCAAGACAUUUGAUCAACUGGACUCGAAUAACUGGGAGGUAAAUAUAACAGGCCUAAAAAGUAUGGUGCGCCUGAUCCGCUACCAUGCGGAUUUUCUGGAUAGUCAUAUGCAUAUGACAUGCAUUCAACUCACUCGUUCCGUUCGUAAUCUGCGCUCACAAGUGGCUCGAGCAGCUUGUCAGGUGGCCACGGAACUAUAUACAUUGAAAUUCAAAUCAUUGGAGUUAGAAUGUGAUGAUCUAGUCUGCGCCCUGUUGCACCGCACGGCGGACACAAACCGAUUCCUGCGUGCAGAUGCCACCCGCGCCCUAGAGUCGAUGGUGGAUCACGUCCAGCCUGCGAAAGUUCUCAACAUACUGGCAACCAAAGGAGCUCAGCAUCAGAAUGCCGUAGUCCGCACUACGACGGCGAAGCUGAUGUUUAGACUGGUCGAACGUUUGGGCUGCGAUCGCAUCUACUCAAUGGGCCGUGAAAAUCGUGAUAAGUUCUUCACUGUCGGUGCGAACCUUCUACUUGAGGGCAGUCUCGAAACCCGUAGCUAUGCGAAGUCGCUGUUCCGAGCUCUGUCAGAGCACGCCAGCUAUCAGCGCUUGCUAUUGGAGGUCAUACCACCGCGAAUAUAUCGAAACGUGGAGAAGACUUUAAGAAGCAUUACACGCUAGUCACUUAAUUUAGAAAGUUUUUUAUGUAAAUAGCAAUCAUCUUAUUUUGAA